UUCAAUCGAUCGGAAGGGACACCCAGGCGUGGACGAUGAGAAGUGUUUAUAUUUCAUAGUUAAAGUUAUCGUUAUGAUCCUUGUACGCAAUGGCAUGGAUUCAAAUUGUGAAUAUACCACAUUGGACUGUUCAAGAUGUUCAGGAAUGGAUGAAAGGGUUGGAUGACGAUUUGCAGUGCUAUCGUGGUACGUUUGAAGACAACCAUGUUGGCGGCAAAAAACUGUUGUCGUUGCAAGCUGAGGAUCUGGAAGAUCUCCAGAUUAACAAGAUUGGUCAUCAGGAACUUCUUCUGGAAGCAAUCGGCCUUCUUCAUGACCUGAAUUUUAACCUACCGACAGACACACUUCAGUCAGUGACACUCUCAUUAAGUUGUGGUGCUAAGCAUUUACACAGUGUGGUUGCCAAACGACAAAGGGAGAGGGAAAGCUAUAAUGUGGAGCCAAGCAUCUGUUCAGAUGGACUUGCAUCUGACAUCUUAAUGUUUGUCACUCAUGUAAUCACAUCAGCAAGGCUGCUUAUUUCAUGGUUAGAUAGACUGCCUUUCUCUGUCAGCAGUGAGUACAAUGCAGUUCGUCAGAAAGUACUGGAGCAUGUAAUGAAACUGAAUUCAUUUUCACAACUCACAGGUGAUGCUGCAAUUGUUGAGCGUGCAAUAUUAACCACGAGUAAAGAGUUGUUAGUUUUAAGUGAAGACUUCAUCCGAAAUGCGUGCGAUCCGUUAAUAAUACAACCAGCUUAUGUUGAAGUUGUGACCUUGAGAAAAUCCAGCGCUGAUGUUGAAUUGGGAUUGUAUAUCAAGACAUCAACACUAGAUGGAAUCCACUAUAUAACAGAUACAAAAAUUGGGUCUCCUGCACACAUUAAUGAAAAGAUACAGCCUGGUGAUGAGGUCCUACAGAUUAAUAAACAAACAGUGGUUGGAUGGAAUCAUAAUAAACUAAUAGGAGCUCUCAAGGCUGAUAAAAGUGGAGUUGUUUUAACGUUGAAGAAAAGGCCUUGCAACUUAAAAACCCCUGGACACGUUAUUAAUUCACACAGGUGGGCUGGAAAAUCGCAGCCCUCAAGUGGUUCCGGAAAGCCUCAUAUCAAAAUUAAGCCCUCCUACAGGCGAAAGCUGGUGAAACAAGGAAGCGAUUCGGUUGACGAUGAACUUGAGGAGAGCCCUCAACAGCAGAACAACGGACAGGCAAGGAAGCCAAGGAAAUGUAUUGAGAAGGAUGGCAAUCCACCAGUCAUAAAGGAUCACACGGAGAACAAUGAACUUCAAACGAAAGAAGUGAGUCAAGCAAUCAGGGAUCCUGAUGGUGCCUAUACACAGGUUGAUAAAACAAAUCUUGAUACAAAAAAUGAAGACCGGGCGACAAAUUCAACACCUUCGGAAAUGAGUACCAAAUUGGACAAUACGCAACAAGAUGAGGAAAGAAAAGAAAUGGAGUCAUCCACAGAAAAGGAUGCAAAUCCAACCGAUGAUCCCUUAGACUCUCAAUCUUGCAGUGACCCAGGGAAUGAGGAGAAAAUAAUUGGGUCGGAAGGGCCACAGAUUCAUGUCUUUGAACCGUCUCUGAAUAAUCAGGAGGAAGAUGUUGAGGCCUCGGAUUUAUCAGAUGCCACAAGUCUAGGUGGAGAAAGUCUGGAUAGAGACAGACCAUCAUAUAAAAAGUCAGACACACUCUCAAUUUCUUCUACAUCAUCAAGAGGAUCUCAA